AAAAUUCGAUUGGAAAAGAUGGGCGCUUUUUGCUUUGAGUAACCCUAGGCUAGGUGUUCUCAUUCUUCCCUUCAGAGACCACUCCAGUUAAGGUGGGAGUUGCACAGUAUAUCCGAUCUCUCUCCUCUCCCUGACCACAUCCUCGUCGAUCUCUUCCUGAUGUCGCAGUUGAUUACUCGUCGUCGGGGUGUGACCAAUGCGCCUCCUGCAUUUUCAGCACCUACUGCUUCAGUCGUGAGUGCUCCAUUGAUUGGGGAACCUACACCCAUUAUUGAGGCUACUCCUAGGUCGUCUCAGGUGCCCGCAUCAUCGACGUCGUCAGUGUCAGUUCAGCCGCUCAAUGCACAACGCCCCUAUCGGCGUCGCCGCCAUCCAGAGCCUUUUGAUCACACCUCCUCGACAUCCACAGUCGAGGGUGGGGGCUCCCAGCCAGCUAAAAAAAAAUCCAGGGGGCCUAAUCAAAUGUUGAAGCUGACACACACAGUACGUCUAUCCAACGAAUUGAUCAAGAUUGCGUAUGACUUGCAACAUCGUGGAGCGGCUACCUCACAGCAGCAUAGCAGCAUCGCUAAUAGUUGUGGUUUUUUUAUUCGGUGGCAUUGUCCUAUGCAGUGGGAGUCUUGGGCAGAAAUUCCCGAGAGGACAAAGAAACUGUUGCGGCAUGAGUUGUCGGUCAAUUAUAAUCUUGAGGACAUACCCCUGGAGGCCACCGCCUACUUAGAGGAGAACUUAGCAACCCAAUACAAACAUUGGAAGUGCGAACUCCAUGCGCAUUUUAAGAAAUGGGAUGAUCCGGAGAUUGCUUGUCUAGAGGGUUGCCCAGUUGAGUUGUUGGAGCGGCCGGAAGAUUGGGAGUGGCUCUGCAAACAUUUUACGGAUACAAAAUUUGUGAAGAGAUCUGUUGUUGGCAAGAAAGCUUGGGAGAUAGAGACACUUCUCCACCAUUCUGGUUCGAUGCCCUUCUCGUAUAGGGUGGAUCAGAAGCUCGGUUGUCGUCAUGGCAAGGUUGUUCGGGGUAUGGGGAAGGUGCAGGUUCGUGAGACGAGUGCCUCCUCUUCUAAAUCGACCACAGGACAAGUUAUUGACCUGACGGAGGAAGUGAAAAUCCUAAAAGAUAAUAUUGCGGCCCAUAAAGCAACCUGGGAUGCCCUGAAAGCAGAUUGGGAUGCCCAUAAAGCAACCUGGGAUGCCCUGAAAGCAGAUUGGGAUGCCCUGAAAGCAACCUGGGAUGCCUUGAAAGCCCAGACUAUAGCCCUUAUGGGCCUUAUAAAUGUUCAGCCUCCAAAUCUCGAUGCCAGCAACUGAUCUUGCUCCACCUUCGACCUUCUAGCUAUUUCGCCUAGUCGAUACCCAGCAGCCUGAUGCAUUAAACCCAGACAACUACUUGUAGUUUUUUUUUCUUUUCUGUUCGAAUAGCUUGUAUGUACAUUUUCAUAUAUUUUAUAAUUAAAUGCUUUUUCUUGGUUUA